AUGAAAGGUGCACCGCCAGACCCGCAUUACUUGGCCCCAGACAUUGGAUUCGCCAUUCUGCCUGAGCACAGUGGCAAGGGAUACGUUGCGGAAGCAGCAAAGGGGCUUCUCGAAUGGGCGCGUAAUGAGCGUGGGAUCGAGGCUGUAUUUGGAUUCUGCGACCCGUCGAAUCAACGCAGUCAGCUACAAGUAUUUGGAGGGAAGAAGAGUGCUGCAUAUGCUCUGCCUGAGGUGGGUGAUGACCUCGCGGUUUAUGGGCUUGUGGAGCCGAUCUUUCCAGAGUGA